GAGGGCACUGCUGCCCACUGUUCCGCGUUCGUCCCUCCUCGGCUGUGAACUGCGUUCGUCCCGCUUCGCGGGCCCCCGCGGGUCAGUGUCCUGGGACUUCUGCCCCUGAUCACGAGCCUGGGCCGGGACCUUUACGUGAAGAGGGUCAGAUCUCCGCCUAAGAAUCUAAAGGGUCCCUUGUUACAGGCCUGUCUGCCGUGUGCCAUGCUGGCUCUGUGGACCCUCGCUGUGGCCUCGGCUGCUGGCCUGGCUGCUACCAGCCCACCUAACAUUCUGCUGGUCUUUGCUGAUGACCUGGGCUAUGGGGACCUGGGCUCCUAUGGACACCCCAGUUCCACCACCCCCAAUCUGGACCAGCUGGCCGCAGGGGGUCUGCGGUUCACGGACUUCUACGUGCCUGUGUCUCUGUGCACACCCUCCCGGGCUGCCCUCCUGACCGGCCGACUCCCAGUUCGGAUGGGCCUAUACCCUGGCGUUCUGGAGCCCAGCUCCCGAGGGGGCCUGCCCCUGGAGGAGGUGACCCUGGCUGAGGUCCUUGCUGCCCGAGGCUACCUCACAGGGAUAGCUGGCAAAUGGCACCUUGGGGUAGGGCCUGAGGGGGCCUUUCUGCCCCCCCACCAUGGCUUCCAUCGAUUCCUGGGCAUCCCAUACUCCCAUGACCAGGGCCCUUGCCAGAACCUGACCUGCUUCCCGCCGGCCACCCCCUGUGAUGGCGGCUGUGACCAGGGCCUGGUCCCUGUCCCUCUGUUGGCCAACCUAUCGGUGGAGGCACAGCCCCCUUGGCUUCCUGGACUUGAGGCCCGCUACGUGGCCUUCGCCCGUGACCUCAUGGCUGAUGCCCAGCGCCAGGGCCGCCCGUUCUUCCUGUACUACGCCUCCCACCACACCCACUAUCCACAGUUCAGUGGGCAGAGCUUUUCGGGGCGCUCAGGCCGAGGGCCGUUUGGGGACUCCCUGAUGGAGCUGGAUGCGGCUGUGGGGGCCCUGAUGACGGCUGUGGCGGACCUGGGGCUGCUCGGAGAGACACUGGUCUUCUUCACUGCAGACAACGGACCUGAGACGAUGCGGAUGUCCCAUGGCGGCUGCUCUGGCCUCCUGCGAUGCGGAAAGGGAACCACUUUCGAGGGGGGCGUCCGAGAGCCUGCCUUGGCCUUCUGGCCAGGCCACAUUGCUCCCGGUGUGACCCACGAGCUAGCCAGCUCCCUGGACCUACUGCCCACCUUGGCAGCCUUGGCAGGGGCCCCACUGCCCAAUGUCACCUUGGAUGGCGUUGACCUCAGCCCCCUGCUGCUGGGCACAGGCAAGAGCCCCCGGCAGACCCUCUUCUUCUACCCGGCCUACCCAGACGAGGUCCGAGGGGUCUUUGCUGUGCGAAGCGGAAAGUACAAGGCACACUUCUUCACCCAGGGCUCUGUCCACAGCGACACCACUGCGGACCCUGCCUGCCAUGCCUCUAGUCCUCUGACUGCCCAUGAGCCCCCGCUGCUCUUUGACCUGUCUGAGGACCCUGGUGAGAACUACAACCUUCUGGGGGGUGUGGCUGAGGUCGCCCCAGAGGCGCUGCAGGCGCUGAAGCAACUUCAGCUGCUCAAGGCCCAGUUUGAUGCUGCCGUGACCUUCAGCCCCAGCCAGAUAGCCCGGGGCGAGGACCCUGCCCUGCAGGUCUGCUGUCAGCCCAGCUGCACCCCCAGGCCAUCCUGCUGCCACUGCCCUGAGCUCCAGCCCUGAGAGCAUAGGUGGAGGCCAGCCCCACGCCCCUCGCCCCACCCAGGCGUGUGAUGGUUCAUUGCUGUGCUGUGGGUGUGUAGAGAUGGUUUGUACCUGAGAAUGCUAACACCAGCUGACACUUGUAGGUGAGAUAAUUCACAUGAUCCUUGUGAUAGCCCUGAGCUACGUGUUCUGCCCAUUACAAAUGAGGAACCUGAGGUGUGGAGAGGUCCAGCAACUUGUCUGAGGUCACCCAGCCAGUGAGAGGUUGGCUCCGGAAGCUGCCCCCCUCCCCCUGGUGAUUGCUUUUGUCAGUGCAGACAAGCGUGGUGGUGAGUGUGGGCACACCUCUUCACAGGGGCAGCACUAGGUGCUUUUAUGUGCCGGGACGGGGUGAGGAGGGGGCGAGGGCAUGGCGGACAGCAGACCCCGAAGACGCGGAGUGCCCAUAAGAGUCAGGUUUUCCCCGGGGAAGAAGCACAGGAACUGGACCGCCCUGGCUGUUAGAAACCUGUCUGAAGGAGGGUGAGGGGUUACACGGUCUACGUGAUGAAGUGGGCUGGGGAGCCCUGCCAGCUCUGAGGAAGGCACGUCAGCAGCUCCAGAGGCUUCCCUUCGGCCCCCUAAUGCCCCUUCCAAAACUCUGUGUUUCCUACCUGCACACACGUUUCCAGUCUCCUGGCUUUGCCUCUGCCCCCAUGGGAGCCAUUCCCCACCGGCAAAGUGAUCUCUUAAAAACAAGCAGGUUUGGCUCCAUUUGUGCUCAAAACCGCAGGCUUCCUAUCAUGCUCAGAAUAGAACCCAGACUCCUUGGAGUGGCCCACCAUGCCCCACCCCACAGCCCCCGUCCGUCAGCCCUGGCAGCUGGCCGGGUUGCCCAUCAUCAGGGCAAGAUGCUCAUUUUUGACUCUGGCAUCUUCUCUGCAGAGGGGCCCCCUGCCUGCCCACCCGCUGGCAUCUGCGUGGUGGCAUGUAGCCCUCCUGGCGUCCCCUGUGUGCGUACCGAUCCAGGGCCACGUGCUCCUAGAGCGGCUGUCACACCCCUCAUGCUCCCUCAGCAUUGGUUGAGUAAGAAGAGUGCUGUCUGGGUGCUCAGGACCCCAAGUGGGUGUCCUGUCCUCAUGGUAGACCAAACAGCCAUCCCCCUCCUACUAAUGGUCCUCGCUUUUUCAUUGGUGGGCAGAGGCCCCGUGACUUCUGAGGUACAGGCUCUCCUAGCCCCAGGAGGGUAGUAGCCAGUCUGAGCCAAUCACAAUCCAGUGAUUGGUCCAAGAGAGGCGUGUGACCAAGGGUCCUGGUCAGUGAAAGGUCAGGGGCAGUCUCCUGGAAUCCCGGGGUCUUCCGCACCACUCAUCCUCCAGGGGUGGUGAGGACGGUGCUGCAGCAUCACUGGCCCUGACCAGACAUCGUGCAUCUGCUAAACGAGUGUCUCCAGCCAGGUACCUCCAGAGCUCACAAUGUAAGAAAAUAAACCAGCCUAUUUAAGCCAA